AUGGCUAUGGCUCACUGCCCUCGCACCAGCACACGGCUGUCCGGAUCAAACAGCACGACCAACUUGGCGGCCACACCUGUAGCUCAGGCCUCAGGCCCACCAUCAUCUGCGAGCUCGACACUGGGCGACAUCGUUCGCACUGCUCACAACAAGAACAAGCGAAACAUGCGCCGACGCCGCGGUCUGCAUCACGUACUGCAACAAUCGCAGUUCUGGCGCCACCUCCAGCACACCUUCCUUACUAAUCCGGCCGAGUCAGCCCUUUUCGAGAACAUGACCGUCCUGGAAUACGAGAACUACUGCCGUGCUCGAAUGGCAGAUGUCCAUCCCAAAUCACCAUCCAACCCGUCGACCAAACCUGCCCUUCGACGCUCAUCAGAAGAUUCCCAUUCGCAAUCACCGACGGAGACAAAGUCCUGCCAAGGGGGCACAUGUCAACGGAAACGUUGCUCUUACGCCAUUUUAAUCGCGAUCGUGUAA